GCUCAGGAGCUACAUACUGAAGACAAUGUCUGGAAGCUUCUACUUUGUAAUUGUUGGCCACCAUGAUAAUCCAGUUUUUGAAAUGGAGUUUUUGCCGUCUGGAAAAGCAGAAUCAAAAAACGAUCAUCGUCAUCUGAACCAGUUCAUAGCUCAUGCUACCCUUGACCUUGUAGAUGAGAAUAUGUGGCUGUCAAACAAUAUGUACUUGAAAAUAGUGGACAAGUUCAAUGAGUGGUUUGUUUCAGCAUUUGUUACUGCAGGUCAUAUGAGAUUUAUUAUGCUUCACGAUAUAAGGCAAGAAGAUGGAAUAAAGAAGUUCUUUACUGAUGUCUAUGAUUUAUACAUAAAGUUUGCAAUGAACCCAUUUUAUGAACCCAAUUCUUGUAUUCGAUCAAGCGCAUUUGACAGAAAAGUUCAGUUUCUUGGGAAGAAACACCUUUUAAGCUAA